AAAAAAGUCCAGGAGCAGAGCAUUGUGUCCUCCUGGAGUGGUCAUGUUGGGAGGUAUGCAGGUGUGUCAUUGGCGGAACAUGGAUACGGAAAACUGAUCAUUUGGUGCUGCAUUCAUGCAGGAAUCUUAGGCAAAUCACAGACCUAGCAAAGAACUGGUGCUCGUAAUAGGAGCACUGAGCAAAUGGCUUUAGCUGCAAGCCCUGUGGGAACCGGUUCUGGAGCUGUAACACCGGGCACUUCCUGCUGUGUAGACAGUGGGGCUGGUGACGCGCAAGCUGUGCAUUGCCAUGGCAACAUGACGUCGGGAGCGGAAACGGAAGUGAACGCGGCGGCCAUGAACGGGAGCCAGGGGGAUGGCGGCGGAGUUCGGCGGACCUAUACAGGAUCCCUCAGAACAAUCCUUGAGUGCUAGGCCUGCUGCUGCUGCUGGGAGUCAAUCUUCAUCCCAGGUUGGCUCUUCCAGCAGCUAAUAUGCCAAGUGCCAAGCUGGCUGCAUUUUCCCCAGUUGAAUUCACCGUUUCCUCUAUUGAUAAAAUGGGUCGUAAGGCGGAGGAAGAUGGUUGUAUUUGGAAGAAGCAAACAAACAAUAUACGUGACACCUUUGUGUUCAUGGAGGUUUUAGGAUCUGGGGCCUUCUCAGAGGUAUUCCUAGUGAAGCACCGAUCAACUGGACAAAACUUUGCUCUGAAGUGUAUCAAAAAAGUCAACAGUUCAAGAGAUCGAAGUUUGGAGAAUGAAAUUGCAGUGCUAAAAAAGAUUAAACACGAUAACAUUGUGACACUUGAAGAUGUCUACGAGAGCUCUUCACACUUCUACCUCGUCAUGCAGCUGGUGUCUGGAGGAGAACUCUUUGAUCGUAUAUUAGAACGUGGAGUAUACACUGAGAAAGAUGCCAGUAACGUAAUACUUCAGGUUCUAUCAGCUGUCAAAUAUCUUCAUGACAAUGGAAUUGUCCACAGGGAUUUAAAGCCAGAAAACCUUCUUUACCUCACCCCUGAUGAAAACGCCAAGAUCAUGAUAACAGAUUUUGGCCUUUCCAAAAUGGAGGAGACCGGGAUCAUGUCUACUGCCUGCGGAACUCCAGGAUAUGUUGCUCCAGAAGUCCUUGCACAAAAGCCAUAUAGUAAAGCAGUGGACUGCUGGUCUAUAGGAGUCAUAACAUACAUUCUGCUUUGCGGAUACCCUCCAUUCUACGAGGAAACUGAAUCUAGACUUUUUGAGAAAAUCAGAGAAGGCACAUAUGAGUUUGAAUCACCAUUUUGGGAUGAUAUUUCCAAAUCUGCAAAAGAUUUUAUAAGCCGUCUGCUGGAGAAAGAUCCCAGGAAACGAUAUAACUGUGAAGAUGCCCUCCAGCAUCCAUGGAUUGCUGGAAAUACAGCUCUCCAUAGAGACAUCUACCACUCAGUGAGCAUCCAAAUAAAGAAGAACUUUGCUAAAAGCAAAUGGAAGCAAGCAUUUAAUGCAGCGACAGUGGUUUAUCACAUGAAGAAAAUGCACAUGCAUAGCAAUCAGAACAGCUCUGGUUCUGCAUCUGAGGGGAAGAAUCGAAUACCCACCAUCAAAGUGUCUGAUACCACAAAGCCAUCUGUUCCCAACAGCACAAACCUAGCUAAAUCUGGUGACACAGUUCUUUUUGAAAACAACCUUGAUGCUAAUAUCAUGAAAGAUACCAGUCCAGUGAAUCAAAGUCACCAUCAACCUGAGCACAGCAAUCCGUCACAACAAAAAUCAGCUGAAGGGCAACUUGCCCCUGGUCCGAAUUUAGUAGUCCAGAAUGAUCCAUCAAGCUCUAGUAGAUCACUGAAGAGCAUAACUCAGAAUAUUGCUACACAAACCAGCCCAGUGCACCACAUGCCUGCUGAGGUGAAUCAAACAUGCACCAUGAAGGAUGGACACUCACAAACAAAGACUCAAGCAAACCAUGCUUCCAAGGCUACCACUGUGAGCAAGCCAAUGCAAGUUGACACAAAUCCAAAAGAGGUUCGAAAAGAUAAACUGAACCCUAAAAAUAUGUCUGAAUCGCUUGAUCUUCCCUUACCACCAGUACACAAUAGUGAAGUGCACAGAAAUUCAUUACAGGAAACACCUUCCACCAAUACUUCUUCCAAAAAGUCAGCUUCACCCACUUCUAUUAAAUCUAACACCACCCAAAAGCCAUCUCCGCAAGUAGGGCUAAGUCCAUCUUCUCAGAAAAACUCUGAACAAGAAGUGAGUUCUCCAAAGACUCCUUCCAAUAAUGUCAACAUUCCGGACAGGUUAAACUUGGAUUACAAUAUAAUGUGCAUGGAGCUCCCUCAGUGCAAACCCAUGGAUUUAUCAAAUGGUACUACUAAGACUGAUAAGAUUGCCAUCACAACCAACCUUUAUGUGACUACUGGAAACUCAGGUGAAACUUAUGAGAAAGGAAAACCGAUUUCCUGCCCUGAAAGUAGCCUGACAAAGAAGGGGCACAAGAAGCAGCCUUUCAUGACCGGUGUUACAGCUCCAGUGAAAGCCACAAACUACACGCACUGUGGCAGUGGGCAGACAGGGGUCUGCUCCGUCAUGUGACCAGCAUAACUGUGCUUUGACUCACUACUUUUCAUUAAGGGCUACGCAGUUACUUGUGUAUUAUAGCCAAACAUUGAUCGCGCUUCUGAGGGAAGCAGGAGAAUCUUGCUUAAUUUCCUCUUUGGGAGCAUCACCUGGACUACGAGGGCGUUUUUUGAGGACACAGCAGUGCACUGCAAUAUCUCCAUGGCUAGGCUUGGAAACCAUCUACAAGCAAUCAUGGAAACCACAGGGAGAAGAAAACUAUGUGUUUGAUUAAGACUCUUCCUUGUAAAACAUACUGAUGACUGUAAAUCUUACAGGCAACAUUGCCUUGUAUAUUAUGUGUUUGAAGGUAUAGCAUUUUAUCGCUUUAGUCACAUUCUUUGUGUUUUGGGUUGGUUGAGCUACAGUGACCAUCAUGAGUUUAUAAGAGCUUCACAUUUCAAUGGAAUUUUACACAUAAACAGUGAAUAUCUGGAUUAUGAAAAAAAUCUGGUUUAAACUUUAAGCUGUAACUUUUAUUUUAAAUUAUGAUACACAAAAAGGCAUAAACAACCUAUGGGGCUUGCCCAGUUUCUUCUGUUUUACGUGUAACAGAUGAAAGCACUUAUGUUACAGAUUUCUUCUUAUAACCACAUGCAUGACUGUCAGUAAAGACAGUGGGGGAGUUACUACAGUAGCAGCCCCUACAGAUACUAUGAUCCCAGGCAAUGUGGGGCCCAGUCAUGCCGUUCCAUUUGCUCCAGAACUGAAAGCCUCCAUGCCUCAUGUAUGCUUAGAAGACGAGGCUCACUUCUCUUGCUCGACUAGCAAGUUUAUUUGGAACCUGCAGUCCAGACUUUUCAUCAAUAGACAAGGACAAAUGCCAUUUUAAAAAAUGUGUUGAAAAUUUGUUAAUGGGAAAAAGAUUGUAUAAUUUUUUUAAACUUAUUUCAAAGUACAGUAUAUAAUAUUUUAAUUGUUGUAGUGGUUCUGAAAUUGUACUGGACAUGCAAACCUGUACCAGCAAAUGUUUUGUUACUCAUGCACCAUGGAUCAUGACACUUCAAUGUCCAUACCUUACUCUAACAGGCAACAUAGCGGUGUUAUCAGUAGUAAUGGCAGCUUAGCGCCAAAUUGUGCCAAGAGCUCAGCAUCUCUUCUGUAGUACUAUAGCUCAGGCUUGGAAGCAUACUAUAAUGAAGAUCUCUGGUUAAAAUUGAGUUUGACAGCUCAUCAGCAAAUGGACUCAGCAGCUGCUUUAAAACCCCUAUUUUGUUUAUAGCUAUUUAAUCCAUUUGUUUUAUUAAACAUUGUUAUCUAUGCUUUUGUAAAUAUAAAUACAAUGGUUCUGCUACUGUAAUAUGAAAACAUUAAUAAAUAUGACUUUUUUAUGUGGAA